GCUACUGCGCGUGCGCAAUUCCAGGAGUCCUUGGCUGGUUGGCCUGCUGUAGGUUACCGAUCCUGUGAGGGGACACAGACAAGAUGCAGAGCUGGACUCAGUUAUAUCGCUCUCUGGCCACGCGGAGCCACCACCUGCCCUGCAAACUGCACGGAGCUGCAUCUGUAUCAGUCAGAACUUACGCUGACAAAGCAGCAAUCGAUGCCGACGUCACAGUGGUGGGCUCCGGUCCAGGCGGCUACGUCGCUGCCAUCAAAUCCGCACAGCUCGGCUUCAAGACAGUGUGUGUGGAGAAGAACGCCACACUGGGUGGGACCUGUCUAAACGUCGGCUGCAUCCCCUCAAAGGCUCUGCUGAACAACUCCUACCUGUACCACAUGGCUCACGGCAAGGACUUUGAAAGCAGAGGCAUCGAAAUUUCAGGCAUCUCGUUGAACCUGGAGAAGAUGAUGGCUCAGAAGAGCGGAGCAGUGAAAGCGCUGACCGGAGGAAUCGCACAUCUAUUCAAACAGAACAAAGUGACCCACGUCAACGGUUUUGGGAAGGUGACCGGUAAGAACCAGGUGACGGCCGUAACAGCUGACGGCAGCGAGCAGGUCAUCAACACUAAGAACAUCCUCAUCGCCACCGGCUCCGAGGUCACGCCCUUCCCCGGGAUCCAUAUUGAUGAGGACAACAUCGUGUCAUCGACAGGAGCGCUGUCCCUGAAGAAAGUUCCAGAGGAGCUGAUCGUCAUCGGAGCUGGAGUUAUCGGCGUGGAGCUGGGGUCAGUGUGGCAGCGUCUGGGCUCUAAGGUCACAGCGGUGGAGUUCCUCGGUCACGUAGGCGGCAUGGGCAUCGACAUGGAGAUCUCCAAGAACUUCCAGCGCAUCCUGCAGAAGCAGGGCAUGAAGUUUAAGCUCGGCACCAAAGUCAUGGGAGCCACCAAGAGGCCCGACGGCAAGAUCGAUGUUGCUGUGGAGGCGGCGGCCGGAGGGAAGAACGAGACUCUGACGUGUGACGUGCUGCUGGUCUGCAUCGGCAGACGACCUUUCACUCAGAACCUGGGCCUGGACUCUGUGGGCAUCGAGCUGGACAACAGGGGUCGCAUCCCAGUCAACAACCGCUUCCAGACCAAAGUACCCAGUAUUUAUGCCAUCGGUGACGUGGUUGCCGGGCCGAUGUUGGCCCACAAAGCCGAGGACGAGGGCAUCAUCUGCGUGGAGGGAAUGGCCGGCGGCGCCGUGCACAUCGACUACAACUGCGUUCCCUCCGUCAUCUACACACACCCCGAGGUGGCCUGGGUGGGCAAGACGGAGGAGCAGCUCAAAGAGGAGAGCGUCCCGUACAAAAUCGGCAAGUUCCCCUUCGCAGCCAACAGCCGAGCCAAAACCAACGCCGACACUGACGGCCUGGUGAAGAUCCUCAGCCACAAGGAGACGGACAGGAUGCUGGGAGCUCACAUCCUCGGAUCUGGGGCAGGAGAGAUGAUUAAUGAAGCUGCUUUGGCCAUGGAGUACGGCGCUUCCUGUGAGGACGUAGCCAGAGUCUGCCACGCCCAUCCAACGGUGUCGGAGGCCUUCAGAGAAGCUAACCUGGCCGCCUCUUUCGGCAAAGCCAUCAACUUCUGAUCUGCCGGCCACUGUCGCACCUUCAGUGUAUAUAACAGAGAAACAGGAAGCUGUGUGUCUGCGUCAAAAAAAAAAACCUUCAUCCAACCCACCAGGAUCCUCUUCGCUCACCCAGACUGUACCGCAUUUAGUUCUAAUGUUAUUUAAAUGUUCUCAAUAAAAUAUUAAAAGAGGGUUUUGGGCGCUAAAUAAACACUGAAUGCACAUCAGUCUUUUUGUUUUCCAACCACAUAGUUAACAGAAGCAUAUUAUGCACUUAUUUACAUAGAGAUAUAAAUACUAUUUUGGCUGGAUGACUGCGGUUUCUCUUUGUAAAGAAAGAUGGGAGUGUUUUGUUUUUCCUUGUUUUUUUACAGUGUGAAACAAUUCAACAAACAUGACGUUUAUAAUCAGAGCAGGAGACCGAAGCUUCUGCGGCUCCACACAUUCAAAGUCUUACUGGUUAAAGUGGCCUUUUUGUGGGGGGUUAAAUCUUCCCAGUUUGUGACAUCACAGCAGGUGUUUGGACCAGAGAUUAUGAAUAUUUAAUGUAAAGAGACUGGAAAAGUCAGAAAUGCAACAUGACUGACCAGCUAGGAAGAUGGCAGGGGGCAGCAUUUUGAGAAAUUGUUGAUUUUAGUGAGUCAUACCUUCUUUUUUUUUUUUUUAAAUACGUAAUUUAAAAUGUAUUUGACCAGUCAGUGAAACUGACAAAGUUUCAAAGGUCCAUUUAAACACCUUUUCUGGAGCCUUCAAGUCUUUGUACGUGAUGCAAAGGUCAUGUGAUGACAGCUGAGAGAGGAUCGUUCACUGAGAUGUCGUUGUGGUUGAGAUAAUUUUUCAAACUCGAAAUUUGGAGCUUAAUAAAGUAAUUUGAAAGUUUGAAAAUCCUGAAAAGUAAAGACAAAAUACACAAUUUAUCAGAAAUGUUCUUCCCUGACAUCCGCUGCAUCACAGAACUACGACUUCUUUCUCUGCAAUACAACUUGAAACUUUUCGACAACUUCAGACCAACACCUGCUGUGACGUCACCAAACAUGCUUGGUGUGUAAGCGAGUGCUGAUUUGCUGUUUAAAGGCCAAUAUAAUAAAUAAUAUACAUUCGGUUUUGGAGACGAGCUGCCGAUGUUGCUGUGAAACUGUUUCCUGCUCUGAUUACUUCACUGUGAUUGGCUCUGGUCUGUUUAUGCUUCUCACGCCAUUUAAACAAUAAAUACAUUAUCCGUUCAAUAAGA